GCCGUGCGCGGGGCGGCGGCGGGCCGGGGAGCGGGGCGGGCGCCGCCGCAUCCCUCGGCGGUCUGCUGUCGGGAACGGAGGCGGCGACCAGGCGGGUAGGUGCGGGACUCCCCCCCCCCCCCCCCCCCCCUCUGCUUAUUGGGGCCUCAGUCGCCCCCACGGGCGGCGGCACCGAGCGGCCGCGCGUGGAUCUGAAGCCGCGUCGCGGCGUGGAAAAAGGCGGCGGGGAGGAGGUGCGGGGAGCCCCGGCUCGCCGGCUGCGGCGGUCCCCGGAGCGCCGGUCGGGAGACGCGGCUCAAGCGGCGGGGCUCUGCUCGGCUUCGGCCGCGCCCCGGAGCGGGACGAGCCGCUCGGGGCGCGCCCAGCGCGAUGCGCGGCGGCACCGGCGGGGGUUGCGGGUCUUGGUGUGGGCUGAGCCGCCCGGCUUCCGACCAGGGACGGGAGGGGAAGAACGUCCCCGAAAAACCUUCGGUGGCCCGUCCAAGAGUGCAGCGAGGAGCACGCAGUUCUCUUGAAGAUCCCCCUUGCAUUUAGGAGGUGCGCUCUUGAAGAUCCCCCUUCUAUCUAGGAGGUAUAACUUUAAACAAGAAAGUAACGGUGACUUGGAGAAUCAUGUGGGAUCUGCAAGGGCAGCUUAUCGGGCAAAAUAUGUGUGGCUUGGCAAAGACAGAACUCGGGAAUGGAAGAAGGAGACCUCUGAGUGUCUUAAGGCCACAAGGGAGCAAAGAGGGAACUUUUUUGGAGGAUGAAGAAAUGCGCAAAGAUUAUGACUACAUGUUGGAUCAUCCUGAAGAGUAUUACAGGCAUUAUUAUCACUACUACAGCAGGAGAUUGGCACCGAAAGUGGAUGUCAGAAUAGUGAUUCUGGUUACGGUGUGUGCCAUCUCUGUGUUCCAGUUCUUCAGCUGGUGGAGCAGUUACAAUGAAGCUAUCAACUACCUAGCUACAGUGCCAAAAUACCGUAUACAGGCUACUGAGAUUGCCAGGCAACAAGGUUUACUCAACAAGACUAAAGAAAAAGGCAAGAACAGGCGGUCUAAAGAAGAAAUUCGUGAAGAGGAGGAAGAAAUAAUCAAAGAUAUUAUUAAAAAUAAAAUAGAGAUAAAAGGCGGUUAUCAGAAGCCCAAGAUAUAUGAUAUCCUUCUAUUUCAGAUCCUUCUUGCUCCUUUUUACUUGUGCAAAUACAUAGUUUGGUACAUCUGGUGGUUUUAUUGUUUCACUAUUAAAGGGCAAGAGUAUGGUGUGAAAGAGAAGCUGUAUAUCAUACGAAGGUACAUGAAAAUGUCUCAGUCUCAGUUUGACAGCCUAGAAGAUCAUCAAAAAGAGACCUUUCUUGAACGGCAGUUGUGGAUACGAGAAAACUAUGAGGUCUAUAAGCGAGAACAAGAGGAAGAGUUAAAGAAGAAGAUGGCCAUGGAUCCCCGAUGGAAGAGAUAUCGUCGGUGGAUGAAAAAUGAAGGACCUGGAAGACUGACUUUUAUUGAUGAUUGAAAGUUGCUGAACAAAAUGUGUGUAAUGUUGAAAGUGAUUUGCAAACUUUUCACUACAUCAUUCAGAGUUUUGUCUCCUGUGGCUCAGCAGUGACCUAAAACUCAGGAAUUACUAAAUCAGGCCGAAAAAUAAUACAGGUUUACCAUUUUUAUAAAUCAGACCUAUUAAACAGGCUCAGCUGAAAGUGUAUAUACCAUUUACUUGGGGAUCUUAGUGUGGUAUCCAUUAUUCCAAACAGUGUAUUUUCUCUACAUAUUUCAUAUUCAUGUUCAAUGGAACCAUAAAUUUAGUCUUUCUGAAAAUAUUUCUAGAACAGUCCUUGAAAGUUCUGUUUUUCCUCUUUAAACUGAAAGUUUCCUGCAAGCGGACACUGGAAAUGCUUAUAAAGGCUACUGAAGAAAGGGCCGUUUUCUGUUUUCCCCUCUCUUCCCUCUACUUUUCAAUCUCAUUUCUAAGGUGCCAAAUGCUUCUAUGAUUUAGAUAAUAUGGGGAUUAUACCAGACUACUUCUUUUGCUAUUGCUGCUCCAGCUGGAAAUUAGUUUUAUUCUUUGAGGGAAUAAAUGAUGUAUGGUUGAUCAUUGUUGUGAUGCAAACAAGCCUUAAUUCUUUGUUCUACAGAGUGAUUCAUGAAAUAGUAUGCUUAGAUAUUUUGCGUUUUUUUUUUUUUUUUGUCUUGUAUGUUGGAUUGUACCUACUUGUUCAGAACAAGUAUACCAGUGAAUUUUGGUCUACUAAAUGUGACAUUUCUUUCACCAAAGUAUUGGUAAAAGGGAAAAUGACCCUUUUUUUUCGCAAAAGGGCAAUUUUGAUGCCUUAUGUAAAUAGAAGUUUAUGUAAUAUACACACUGAAUUUGUUUUAAAUGCUAAAUCUAAAGUAUUCUUUAUAUCUUCUGAUCAGACCUCUGAGUACUUAGAAUAAAUAAUGCACAACAACA